AUGUGUGUGUGUAUAUAUGCAGCCUUUCUAUCGAGUGCUUCUGCUGCAGCAGCAGUAUCUUACUCACCAACAGCAGAAGAACUGCAGCAGUAUGUGUCUUUGUUUGUUGCUGCUGAUACAAAAGGAAGAGGCAGCAGCUUGUUGUCUGGUGCUGCACUGAAGCCUCUUCUUGCUGCUUCUAUGCUCUCUGCUGCUGAUCUUGCUGCUGCUUGGGCUGCUGCUGAUGCUGAUGGGGACGGCUGUCUCUCUUGCUUCGAGUUUGCUGCUGCUAUGUGUCUUGCUGCUAAGAGGAGACAGGGGGCCCCCAUACCUCUGCUGCUGCCGCACGAGCUGCAGCCGCAGGUGCUGCAGCAGCAGCACAAGCGACUGCAGCAGCAGCAGCAGCAGCAGCAGCAGCAGCAGCUGAUGCAGCAGCAAGCUUUGCCCGAUUGGGGGGCGGGAUUUGAUGCUUUUGGAGAUGCAGCAGCAGCAGAUGCUGCAGCAGCAGAUGCUGCUGCAGAUGCAGACAGCAGCAGCAGCAGCACAGCAGCAGCAGCAGCAAACAAAGACAGCAGCAGACGUAAACAGCAGCAGCAGCAGCAGCAGCUGAUGCAGCAGCAAGCUUUGCCCGAUUGGGGGGCGGGAUUUGAUGCUUUUGGUGAUGCAGCAGCAGCAGAUGCUGCAGCAGCAGAUGCUGCAGCAGAUGCAGACAGCAGCAGCAGCAGCACAGCAGCAGCAGCAGCAAACAAAGACAGCAGCAGACGUAAGGCCCGCAGCAGCUCCCCUAGGAGCAACAAAACAAAAGGAAAGGGAAGAACGCUCAGCAGCAGCAACGAGGAAGCAGCAGCAGCAGCAGCAACAGCAGCAGCAGCAGAAAGACGAGGCGGCCGCAGCAGCAGCAGCAAACGCCGCGAGCAGCGACAGAAACAGCAGCAGCAGCAGCAGCAGCUGCUGCAGCAGCAGCAGCAGCAGCAGGAAGAAGACGAAGACAGAGAAGAAACAGAGUUUACCUCUCCAUGGGGGAGAGAAGCAGAGUGGGGCUCAUCAGAGGAGGACUUGCUGCGCAGCAGCACAGAAGAGCAGCAGCAGCAGCAGCAGCAGCAGCAGCAGCAGCAUGAGCGUGAGCUGCUGCAGCAGCAGCUGCAGCAGCAGCUGCAGCAGCAACGCAUGCAGCGCAGAGGAAGCUACGAUGACGAUGAUGCUGACGAUCGCUUCUCGUUGGACUUGGCCUCUCCUUUGCUGCUGCAGCAGCAGCAGCAGCAGCAGCUGCAGCAGAAGCAGCAGCAACGCAAAAAGGCAGCAGCUUGUUGA